UCAGUUUGGUUUCUUUUUCUGUGCUGUGCGGUACAGAGUGGAGGCGCUAAAGUGAAAAUACGUGUUUAUUAAAAACAAGGCCUGUUUAAUUUAAUUUAGAAUAAUUAUAUUUUAUUAUUAAUUAUACUGUAAAAGAAAAAUGUCUGCAGCAACUAAAGGAAUAUUUAUUGUUGGUGCUAAGCGUACAGCUUUUGGUACAUUCGGUGGAACUCUUAAAAAUGUCCAUCAAACUCAAUUGCAAACAACUGCAGCCAAGGCUGCUCUUGAGUCAUCUGGUUUGAAGGGAGACCAAGUUGAUACCACAGUUAUUGGAAAUGUUCUUUCUAUUUCUUCAUCAGAUGGUAUUUUUAUUCCCCGUCAUGUUGCUCUGCAUUGUGGAGUACCAAUUGAAAAACCAGCUCUAGGUGUUAAUCGGCUGUGUGGUUCUGGUUUUCAAGCAGUGAUCAAUGGUGUUCAGGACAUUAUUAUGGGAUCGGCAAAGAUAGCCUUAACAGGUGGUGUGGACAGUAUGUCUCAGGCUCCAUUUGUUGCUAGAAACAUUCGCUUUGGAACAGCUCUGGGAGCUAACUACGCUCUAGAAGAUGGUCUGUGGGUUGGACUUACCGAUACUUACUGCAAACUGCCAAUGGCACUUACAGCUGAAAAUUUGGCUGAAAAGUAUAAAAUCGCCAAAGAUCGAGUUGAUGAAUUUGCCUUGAGGUCCCAAGUAAACUGGAAGAAGGCUCAAGACGAUGGUGUCUUCAAGUCGGAAAUCACACCAUUUAAGAUUAAGGUCAAGGGCAAGGAAAUCGACUUUGUCGUCGAUGAACAUCCCAGACCCCAAACAACAAUUGAAGGUCUCAACAAACUUCCUUCACUUUUCAAGAAGAAUGGAGUCGUAACAGCUGGAACCGCUUCUGGUAUUUGUGAUGGUGCUGCAGCUGUUGUAUUGGCAUCUGAAGAGGCUGUCAAAGAAUAUAAUUUGAAGCCUUUGGCACGUUUUGUGGGUUAUUCUUAUGUUGGAGUGCAACCAGAAAUCAUGGGAAUUGGUCCAGUGCCAGCAAUUGAGAAUGUACUUAAAGCAACUGGACUUAAAUUGGAAGAUAUGGAUUUAGUUGAAAUCAAUGAAGCCUUCAGUGCACAAACAUUAGCUUGUAUGGAUGCCUUAAAACUUGAUAUUAAUAAAUUGAAUUUAAAUGGUGGAGCAAUUGCUCUAGGACAUCCUUUGGCUGCUAGUGGAGCUCGUAUAACUGGUCAUUUGGCUCAUGAAUUACAGCGUAAAAACCUUAAGUAUGCCGUAGGAUCAGCUUGCAUUGGCGGAGGACAAGGAAUUGCUGUUUUGUUAGAACGGUGUUAGUAAUUCUAUGUUUCUUUGAAAUAAUGGAUGAUAUUGAGCAUUUAUUUUUGUACACAUUUAAUUUUUUCAUACAAACUAGAAAAAAAACCUACAAAACUAAGAACUGAUUUCGAAAGAUUUAUAAAAUAAAAUAUAAGAUAUUCAAAAAUAAA